AUCGGAGAUACACGAUUGAACGCGUCUGAAUUUAACAAUAAAAAAUAUUCGCGUUACCCUUUUUUUGAUUCUUUUAUUGACAUGCAAAUAAAUUCCAAAGUUAAAAUCAGGAAAUUCAUUCACAACUUAUUCACAAAGAAGUAUGGUCUCGUUGUCCAAAGCGAUGCAGCAAAAUACCUCGAGCAGCUAUUGGCUCGAGAACCAGAUAUUGCAGACACGAUUGAGCGAAUAGUAAAGACAUACAAGAAGAGAUAUAAUGACGAACAAACUCUCAUUAUUAAUAGAGCAGUACUGGAAGAAGUGAAUGCGCUGAUGCAGACAUCAGCCCUUAUGACUACAGCCACAACCCCUUUUCAACGUGCAGAAGAAGAAGAAGAAAUAAAUGAGUCACUGAGAGAUAUGUCGCUAGGUGAUGGUUCGAGUAUGAUCCUAUCACCCAGUGUAUCAUCCUCCCAGACAACUCAGAUAUCUCAAGAGACAGUCGACGUAGCACAGCAUUUUCAUGUGGUGGGUGCUUUCGAUAUGCCAAAGCUUAUAUAUGACGAUUAUACCAGAACAUUUCGAAAAUCUAGAGAACCUUGUAGACUUUUAUCUGAUCCAAAGUCAAAGGGUGAAAUGUUUAGAGAGAGGCUACUGUUGACAAAGCAACGAGUAUUGCGAAAUGAAAUGUUUUGCCCAACCGAUAUGGCGGGGGACUCAUCAUCGUUUAUUAAGAUUACGCCCAUCAAAAGCUUGAUUGGUCAUGAUGGAGGUGAAUUUGUCCUCUUUGGCAUGUUGACACAGAUCGAGGAAGGAAAACUGUAUUUGGAAGAUGAUGAUGCACAUAUUGAAUUGGAUAUAAGUAAAACUAAAUAUGAAUAUGGCUUAUUUACAGACGGUAUAUUUGUACUGGCAGAAGGCAUCUAUGGGGAAGAUCAUGUCUUUCAUGUUACCGAAAUCAGUUUACCGCCUGCAGAAGCACGUAACUUGACAGAUGUUCUAUUAAGCCAUGUGGAUUUCCUUGGGUUACCAAGGCCUCUCAUAGAUGAAAGUAUACUUAAAGAAGAGGAGCAAACGAACAAGGACAUAUUCUUUGUUAUCAUUUCUGAUUUACACUUGGAUCAACCCAAAGUCAUGAAUGCUCUACGCACAAUAUUUGAAGGAUACAGCAACCAAGUGCCCUUGGCAUUUAUAUUCAUAGGAAACUUUAGCAGCAAACCAUUUACAUAUUCAGCAGCUGAAGCAACAGAGUAUAAAGACAACUUCAAUGCUUUAGCAGACUUAAUAUCAGAGUUUGAAACGUUAGCGACACAUUCAAACUUUGUGUUUGUACCUGGAGCUAGAGAUCCAUGGGGAGGAAAUGUCUUACCGCAGAGAGGCCUUCCUUCACACUUUGUGACAAGAAUUAGACAAAAAGUGAAAAAGGCUCAUUUUACAACAAAUCCUUGUCGUAUUCGAUAUUGUACGCAGGAUAUCGUAAUAUUUAGAGAGGAUUUACUUAACAAAAUAUGGAGAAAUACCUUGAUACCUACUAAUUUGAACGCAGAUAACCAGCGCAUAAAACAUCUUGUCAGAACUAUCCUUGAUCAAGGUCACCUCUGUCCUUUACCUUUAUCUGUAAAACCAGUCUAUUGGGGAUUCGAUCAUGCACUAAGACUGUUUCCACUCCCUCAUGCUAUUAUACUUGCGGACAAAUGUGAAAACUAUGGCAUUUCUUAUGAAGAAACUCAUUGUAUAAAUCCUGGCAGCUUUCCAAAUUCAGAAAUGACCUGGAGCGUGUACUUUCCAGCUACAAAAACAUCUCAAAAAUGCUCGCUAUCCAGUCGUUAGUAUAAACUGUAAAAAUAAACACGUUAUGGACAUAUUAGACUGUAUUCACCAUCGCAUUUAGUAGUUGAGUCUACGGAGGGCUCAUAAGUACUGCUUGUUUAAGCAAAACUAUUAUCAGUUUUAAUUUGAUACUAAAUGAACAAAGAGGGGAUGAUGGAGAUAUUACAGAGAUAAAACAUUGCAAUAGCGUGGAUAUUUU